GUCAAAUUAUUUAGCUUAGCCCACAGUAGCUAGCCAGCUAGCUGGGAUGACACCCAAAGGAAUGGCGAACUGCUAAGGGGUUUCUGCGAAAAGUCAAGCUGGGAAACGCGUUAACAACUGUUAAAGGGACCUUUUUUUUCAAUAUAUAUAAAUCUCAAGUCACUGCGGACAGCAGCGGAUGGCCCGGACAGUGCGCGUUGUGGGACCCACAUAAAUAGAGGGACACCAAUCUGAACCUCUGAAUGAGUAAUGAACUUAAACCCCUUCUGGAGCAUGUCUGCCAAUACAAGUCGCAAGCAGAGAUCUGACAGCGAGGAUCAGAGCGGGCACGGCGAGCAGAGAGCUAGCCCAGCUCGACUGUCCUUUGGCAAGAAGCAGCUUCCUCCUAUUCCUAAGAAUGCUACCCCAGUUACCAAGCCUGCAUCAGCAGGCACGCCGGUUCAGUCAGCCAAUGGGACACACGCGUCGUAUGGCCCCUUCUACUUGGAGUAUUCUCUGCUGGCCGAGUUCACACUAGUGAUUAAACAGAAGCUCCCUGGAAUUUAUGUCCAGCCAUCCUACAAGUCAGCACUGAUGUGGUUUGGAGUCAUAUUCAUCAGACAUGGCUUGUACCAGGACGGCGUCUUCAAAUUCACUGUGUAUAUUCCAGAUAACUAUCCUGAUGGAGAGUGUCCAAAAUUAGUAUUUGACAUCCCAGUCUUCCAUCCACUUGUUGACCCUGUGUCUGGAGAGCUUGAUGUCAGAAGAACUUUCACCAAAUGGAGACGGAAUCACAACCACAUCUGGCAAGUCCUGAUGUACGCACGAACAAUUUUUUACAAGAUCAACACCACGGACCCACUCAACCCAGAGGCUGCUGUGCUGUAUGAAAAGGACGUGCAGUUGUUCAAAAGCAAAGUGGUGGAAAGUGUGAGACUAUGCAACAGUCAUCUUUUUGACCAGCCCAAGAUAGAAGAUCCCUACGCAAUAAGUUUUUCUCCUUGGAACCCGGCUGUACACGAAGAAGCAAAAGAGAGGAUGUUCACAUGCAAAAGACGGCCUGAGGAUCACCACAAGGGAACGCAGGUGUCAGGGUUGUCCUGGGUGAAGCCUGGAUCGACACAGCCCUUCAGCAAAGACGACAAUCCUCCUCAGAGCUGAACCUGUACCGACGCGGCAGCGGCCACUAGAGGGAGGCAUAAAUAUUGGACACCACGCCACUUUCCUCAGCUGUUUAAGUGAACUGGAUCCUUGAAACAGUUGGGAGAACUUUUUAUAUCAAUGCUCCACUUUAUUGCUCAGCUUUAAAAGCUUUGUAGGUACCUCCUCGAACGGCUUUAGAAACCAAGUUUGUAUCAUAUGUAUAUCGGCGAUGACAAAUGGAUGUCUCGGCAACACCAUUUAGGCUGUGGUGCAAUCAAAGCGCAUUCUCAUUUAAAUUUUUGGAUCCACGCACAUGUGUGGUUAGGCGAUAAUGUACUGUCUCAACAAGGAGGUGUGAAACAUGAGCGCAGGUGUUUGCAUUCUGUGAGUAUAGUGGACUGCAUGAUUAAUACCACUUAUUGAAAUGGGCUCAGGACUGUCGAUUAGUCAACAACAGACAAUUGGAAUAUCUGUCACACCUGUAACAUCCUUAAUUACACACUCUCCAAAUAUCCAGUUAGAUGGACAUGAUAAGUUUUAUAUUUGUUUCUUAUUGGACAAUGAUUUCUUUUUACUAUUGUCUUACAUAGUUCCUAAUAUAUAUAUAUAUAUAUAUUAAAUGCAGAGCAGGCAGUUUGGUUUUAAAUGAGAUGCUAAACAUGUAAGCUCACAUAUUUUUUUUUCUUUCUUUUGUCUGAUUUUAAAUGAUUUUGAAUGUUUUAUGUACCUUUUUGGCUAUUGGUUAUUAAAGUUUUGAGGUGUAAAUAAUAGAGACUCUGCUAAAGUUUGGCUUUAAGAGACACGUCUUCAUUGAUGCUUGGAGACUCUUAAGUGAAUGUUUUGGUUUUCUUUGCAAAUUAUUGUAAAUUACUUGCUCUCAGCUCAUAUAAGUUACCACAGGAGUCCUGUAAGUACUGCACCUGUAAGUCUGAAGGAAAACCAGAUAUAUUUUGAUAAGGUUUAGUUUUUAAUUACUUUCUUAGCAGCACAAAAUGAAGGUGAUAUAGUAGAGGUAGAACUCUUAUUUCCUCCAGACCAUUGUGGGCUUUCACUUGAAGAGAGAUUUGGCUUGGUAGUCAAGCUACUCAACCACUUUCGAUAUGCAAGGAUUGUUUGAAAAAGGGCGGGAUGAUUACAAUACGUGAGAAUCCCGUAAGGAACUGUUAGUACUCGAAAAGCAAAUAUGGUGCUGAAACAACUAUUAAUAGCUGCUGGGAAAGGCUGAGGCGUAACAAAAUCACGGUGUGCUUCGCACACUGAUUUGGGCUGUCGGCGUCUUCAGAUGAGUGAGUUUUGAUGUGUUCUGUAUGGAACCGUUUCUCCUCCACUUCAUAGACGACAUGGAUUUAAAUGCUUUUCUCUGAAAUCAAUAAAAUCAUUUUCAAAAGUC